AUGAAGGGAUUGCGUAGACUGACAGCUUCUGCCAUGGCCCUGUUCCUUGCAGCUUCUUUCAUUUCUUACUCAUGGAGUGCUCCUCAGGGUCACUUUCAAAGAAGAAACUGGACUCCUCAGGCUAUGCUCUAUUUAAAGGGUGCACAGGGACGUCGAUUCAUCUCAGAUGAGAGCCAGAGGAAGGACCUCUAUGACAGAUUGCAGCUAGAAACACGCAGCCAAAAUACAAAUCCUAUAUCUCUGUCGGAGGCUGCAGAACUAUUUCUUAACUCCUUACGGAAAGCACAAGAAGCAGAAGAAGAAACCAAUGAUCACCCUGGAUACUUAACAGACAAUCUAUUAAACUGGUGAAAGAUUUCAAGUUGCAUCAACAUGUCUAUUCAUCUCCCUUGAACCCAUGGUCUAUAUAAGCAAACAUUCUGAUUCAUCUGACUCCACCUGUGUUCUGAAGGAAUAAAGCUUGGACUCAUUUUUGCAUUUUGAAUGCAAACUGAUUAUAGGUCAUUGUUCAGCUACAGAAACUAUUUUAAAUUUGAUUUCCUAUCUUAAACCACAUUGCAUGCCACCCAAAAUUUAAAAACCACUGGAACAUCUUAUCUUACAGGACCCAAACAUCAUACUGGUAUUGAAUUGUUUUUGAUAAUUUUUCCAAAAUCUUCUCAUGGAAGAACUUUCACCAUAUUCCA